AUGUUGGCUUCAAGUGUUAUUAAUUUCAUAUUCUAUUAUUCUUUUCACUGUAGCACAAGUGAAGCUGAUGUGGAGGCUGUCAUGGAUAAGUUGUUUGAUGAGCUGGCUCAGAAACAAAAUGAUUUAACUAGACCAAGGAUUCUAAAAGUGCAAGGCAGAGAGCUACGGCUGAAUAAAGCCUGUGGAACCGUUGCCGACUGCACAUUUGAAGAGCUGUGUGAGAGACCACUUGGAGCUAGUGACUAUUUGGAACUAUCAAGGAAUUUUGAUACACUAUUUUUACGAAACAUUCCACAGUUUACACUGGCAAAGAGGACUCAAGCUCGAAGAUUCAUAACUCUCAUUGAUAAUUUAUAUGAUUUCAAGGUGCGCAUAAUUUGCUCUGCGUCGACUCCUAUAUCAAGCUUAUUUUUGUAUCAACAUGAUGACGGUGAGUUGGAGCAAAGCAGAAUACUGAUGGAUGAUUUGGGGCUGAGCCAGGAAUCAGCACAAGGACUCUCCAUGUUCACUGGAGAAGAGGAAAUCUUUGCAUUUCAGCGCACAAUUUCCCGACUCACAGAAAUGCAGACUGAACAGUACUGGAACGGAGGGGACAGAAGCUAGAAGUAAUUGUCACUUUCACAUGAAUAAAACUAGAUGAAUGGCUAAUGCAGGAAGAACUCUGAAUUGUGAGACUUGAAGGAAUCAUUUUCUCAUCAAUAAUUACGUACUUUGUCCUCUGGACCAUUUUAAUUUAAAAUUGCUGUCAAAGAUGUCAUGGAUUAGUAAGUUAAAGACUUACCAUUCUUACAGAUCUAUUUUUUGCCUAUUUAUUUGGCCUGAUUUCUACAGCACAAAAUUAAAAUCAUCACUCCUGAAGACUCCUGCAGUAGCAGAUACAUGUGUUAGCCUCACGUUAAGCCACAAACAUGGUAAACGCAGGGUAUCUGGACACUUUUAUCCUUUUGCUGCAUGGUGGUAGCACUUUAGAAACAUCUUUUAUAAGAGGGGGAAACCCUACAUUUCAAUUAAAAACAAAUAUCAUUAUAUGCUGAGGAGAAUAAUGCUUUAGAAUAUGGAUUUAUAUGUAUAACUUUAGAGGGUCUUUUUGGCUCUGAAUUAUAACAAGUUUUUUAGGCCUUCAGGUUUCCUCAAAUCAGAGAGGGUAUGUUUUUUAACCAUUAGAUCAAGGAUGGCAGACAAGGCCUGAUCUCCUGAGGACACAGAGUUGCCUGAAAAACUAGAGGAUUUUGAUGGCAUGGAGAAGGAUCAAGUACCAAAUUUCAACCAGUCGGCAGAUCUGCAGGCAGAUCCCCAACUCUGACAGCCACAGGAAAGGCAGGUGCCAGGGAUGGAACCAGUGAGAGUGUCCAAGAAGGCAGUCAUGGACAUGCCAGCACAGAAUGGACAUUGAUCAUCCAAGGUCAGCCAGACCACAUGAGCCAAGGGCUCCUCCCCAUCAUCCCUCCACACCGGCUCUGCAGAGUUGAAGAACCCAAUAGUA